AUGACAUCCAGCGAGCCGUACAUUGGCCAACGCAGGUCUUACUCCGGAGCUCUAUGUACAAUUCGCUACAUCGGACCCCUCCCGAACACAAAGGGCGACUGGUUGGGCGUGGAGUGGGAUAAUGUAAGCCGUGGAAAACAUGAUGGCCAGUACGAGGGCAAACGGAUUUUCCAAUGCCUCUCAUCGUCACCCACCGCUGCCUCCUUUAUCAGAUCUUCACGAAAGCCUGAUCCCGAACGAACCCUCCUUGAGGCAAUCAAGUUCAAGUACGCUGCAGCGACUGAGUCCGCCCAAGGUGGCAGUUCAAGCACUAGUAUUGAUAGCACGAUUGAGAUUUCGGGAAAGAUAGUGGAGGAAGUUGGAUUUGAGAAGAUCCAGAAGCAGCUAUCUGUCCUUGCCAACCUGAAGAUUGUCCUCGUCGACGAGUUGGUCGUGUCUGGCAUUGCGCAGCGAGGUGCGUCUCGAGCGGGCAUUGAAACGGCUCAAGUCGAGCUCGCACGAACUUGUCCAAACAUCGUGGAACUGGACAUCGGCUGGAACAUCAUUGAAACAUGGCAAGAUGUCGUCGACAUCUGUGUGCCGCUCAAGAAGCUGAAAAUAUUAAAAACAAGCGGCCUUCGUCUGAGAAUGUUCGAAAACAACUACAUCGAUGGCACCGAACCCCCCUUCACGACUAUUGAGGAACUACAAUUGAACGAAUCGCUAAUAAGGCCAGCCCAGGUGCUCCAGAUCCUGUCAUCAGCAGGAUCAGAUGCCGUCUUGUCUCUUAAGACACUUUCGCUGGGCCUGAACGAACUGGAGACUUUCCAGGACAUUGCAGGCAGCAGCCGGUCGCUCACAUAUCCAUCGGUGACGACCGUGAACUUGGACAACAACAAGUUCACCAAUCUGUCGUCGCUAUCGACAUUGAUGUCCCUGUUUCCCAACAUUACCACACUCUCCCUACAAGGAAAUUCAAUCUCCCAUCUCGGCCUUCAACCCUCUGAAACGACCGGGCGUCACCAUUUUGAGAAACUGGAGACCCUGAACCUCGCUGGAAAUCAAAUCUCAGACUACUCAUUUGUUGACGCUUUGAGUACGCUUUUCCCGAACCUCAGUUCCCUACGCAUCUCUCGAAACCCGCUGUAUGACCAGGCUGUAUCUUCCCUCACCGACAUCGGAUACUCCAAAGCAAGACCAUCUGCACCUGCUUCAGAUUCUAGGGCAUAUUACCUCACACUGGCACGCAUCCCGCAUCUGAAAUUACUGAACCACACAAACAUCACCCCUCGUGACAGGGAGGAAGGCGAGAUUUACUAUCUCUCCGUAGCAGAAAGAGAAAUCCGCCAACUCCUUUCUGACUCGCGAGAACUAUCUGAGGGUUCCAACCCGCCCACGGCAGAAGAAAAAGUCAAGCUAGCCCGUCAACAACAUCCGCUGUACUCUGCUCUCUGCGUACAACAUGAUCGCGACGACAUCCUCGAGCACUUCUUGCAGCAAAGUAAACGAACACCCGGAAAUUCCGCUCCUUCAGCCCGGUCAGAGCUCGAUUCCUAUGGGCCCGGAACACUGGGCUCGCGACUGGUCGAUACAUAUUUCUACAUCCACCACGAUAGUUCCUGGGGGCACGAAGAUACCACGGAUACGAGAAUGUCGACUAGUCAACCACCCACUUCUUUCCGCCGUUACUUGCCUUCAACUGUGUCAGUGUAUCGACUCAAAUCAUUGGUGGCGAAACAAUUCAAUCUCCCUGCUCUGCAGUUUAAAUUAGUCUACGAGUCUCAUGAAUAUGAUCCUGUUGAGCCGAUUUCGCGGUCGACAGGCAUGGACGGUGGGAAAGAAGACUGGGAUGCUUGGGGCGAUUGGGAUGUCGAUGACGGUAACGACGACCAUGUCCAUCCAUCCGGUUCCCACGGCGAGUUCCAAAACGGCGCAGGAAAUCACUCAGCAGCUGAUGGCAAGCAUGGUGGACAUGGUCUGGGCUCACAUCCAACCUUGGGGGCCCAAACCCACGAAGCGCACACAGAAAAUGCGCCAAUGUACAUCAUUCGUGACGGGCAGCGAUUCAAGAAGCGUGAAACGGAGAUUCUGGACGGAAUGCGGCCUUGGGGAGAUUUCCUUGACCUCGAUAGCCCGGAUGGCACAAGGAGACGAGAUGCGAGGAUUAGAAUCGAGCCCUUCCUGUCUGUCCCUUACUAG